UUGCGAGCAGCCAAUGAGAGGACAGACUGCAACAGGUGAGCAGAAGAAACACACCUGACCCCCGGCUGCUGCAACACAACACCGCGCAGAGGAGGCGGCCGCGGCUCGGAGAGGGACACCCAGACGGACAGGGCCGGGAACCAGAGAGGCCGGGACCAUUUCAGCGCCCCGAACGGAACCAAACUGUCACUUACUCUUUAAUCUGGAGGCAGGUCGGUGCGGAUUAUUGAUCAGAUUUAAUCCGCUUUCUGCUUUAAAAAUGCUUCAGGACUCCCAGCGCAGCAGCGACUAGUUCCAGGUUCCAGGUCGAUAGUCUCCCAGUCCGGCAGCACCAUGAUCAGCUCCGAGGGCCUGCGGCCGGCCCCCGCCGGCAGGAAGCCGCUGGGGAAGCUCGCUUCCCGGCUGGAGGAGGUGAAGAACCCGUGGAGGGAGGGCUCCAAGCUGGAGCUGAGCCACAACGAGGCGGCGCGGCUGGCCACGGACGCGCUGCUGGAGCUCGGGGAGAAGGAGUACCGGCGGGUCCUGGCCGAGGAGCGGGAGCUCAACUUCCUGUCCCCGCUGGAGAUCCGCUACAUCAGCCAGCAUGCCGCCAGCAAGACCUCCGACCCCGACAGCGGCGACCGGGACGACGGGGACGCGGACGCCGUGUCCGAGCUGACCUCCGGGACUUACUUCCCCAUGAUGUCCGACGACGAGCCGCCGAUGCUGGAGCUGGGCUGGCCCGAGACCCCGGUGCGGUUCGGACCGUCGGAGACCCAGAUCUACUUCCAGAGGGACAAAACCCACAACAUCAAGGACCUGAUCCGGUCCAUGAUCAACAAGGCCAAGAAGGUCAUCGCCGUGGUGAUGGACAUCUUCACCGACGUGGACCUGAUGUGUGACUUGAUGGAGGCGUCCAACAAGCGGCGAGUCCCCGUCUACAUCCUGCUGGACGAGAAGAACCUGAGCUACUUCAUGGAGAUGUGUGUGGCGCUGGACAUUCAGAACUCUCACCUGAAUAACAUGCGGAUUCGCAGCGUCUGCGGCGACACGUACUGCACCAGAGGCGGGAAGAAGUUCACCGGUCAGGUCCUGGAGAAGUUCAUGAUCAUCGACUGUGAGGAGGUCGUCGCCGGCUCUUACAGCUUCACCUGGCUGUCGGCGCAGGUGCACAGCAACAUGGUGAUGCAUUUCUCAGGUUUCAUCACCGACAGCUUCGAUCGGGAGUUUCGCUGUCUGUACGCCGACUCACAGAUCAUCGACAGGUUCAACUCGGAAGACGAAGAGAUGCCUUAUUACCCGUCAUACCAGACCUGCCAGGCCCCUGGGAUAGGCCUGGGGCUCGGCGGGCCCCUGGGUCUGGAUCUGCACUCCGACAGGCAAAGGGACCGGAGUUGCUCUGAAAACUCCAGCAGCCAAUCAAGUAACAGCGUUUCCAGCGUUAAGGUCGCUCCGGGGAUGACCUCCAACACCGUCUACAAGGUCACUCAGGGUCAUGAGAAGAAGGAACUCGUCGGCUCGUCUCUGCAAAGCCCAGAGCGGAGAGUCGGUGGCGGGCUGAGGGUGGGAGGGCCGAGCCCGGGAGUCCGAGGUUCUCCCAACGGCGGAACCGGUCACAACCCGAUAACCGACCGCCAACUGCCGACCUACGGCCAGUCAACGGGCAUCGAGUGGAACAAACCCAGCUCAGCCGAACUCUUGCGGGCAAACAUUGGUGGCACUUCCACCAAAUUUCAGGGAUUGGGUUUGUAUGACCACAAGCCAACCUUGUUUCAAAGUUCUCCAAACACAAACCUGAACCUUAAGAUCCAGACGCCGUCGCCCAUCAACGAGCCCAAACUGCCCCCAAAGCAGAGGACGCCCACCGGCCAGUACCACAACAAGAUGUCCGACAAGCUGCUCUUCUCCUCCAAAGACAAGGAAACCUUCAACUUCCGGCGCUCUCCAUCCCCGCUGAACUCCUCGCCCUGGGGCGGCCCAGAACUCAGUCAGCCAGAGCCGGAGAGCCAGCAGUGCCCGCCGCCGCCGACGUCUCCGCCGGGCCUCAUGAGCCGCCAGGACCAGAAGCGGAUGACGCUGGGCCACAGCAAGCUGGACCUGGUGAACCACUACAACAAGCUGAAAACGAAGCAGGUCUACAGCCGCUUUGAGCUGAAGAGCAAAAACUGAAGGACCGUCUGCGUCCUGCCGCACCGUUCAGAUGCAGAGGAGUUUUCUGAACUUUUUCUGUUAACUUUUUAAUUCUUAUUAUCUUCCACAGCCGGAAAACAUGGGAAACCUACUGAGUCGGCCAUUUUGGCUCUGAGCUCCUGUUCAGUUUCCCUCCUGAAACCGUUUGGCCUCUUCAUGGAAAUAAGGACCAACUGUUGGGUUCAAAGUUUGGCCCCGGGGCCGUUUGCAGCCGUCUGAAGGGCUAUGUGUGGCCCCCGACCUCAAUCCAAGGAUGGACCCUUUCUCAUCUUUAGAGCAAGUUUUUUAACAGAGUUUUGUUUUUUUUACAGAUUCAUAACAUCUUAUAAAAAUAUGAGGUACAAAAAAUAGAUUCUCUUAUAUUAACAACUUUUUUUGCUUUUGUUUUACCUUUGGAGUAACUAGAACCACAAACUUUGAUCUUCUGUUACUCAAAUGAAAAGCAUUCAGCCCAAAUAAGAAAACAAUCAAACUUUAAAAGUCAGAAACUGUCUUAUGAUAAUGCAAAAGCUUUUAUGUUUUGUAUCUAAAAGGACUUAAAAUUUCACUUUAUUAUUGAACAGAUACAUUUAAAAAAGAAGUUUGUUUUAAAAUACUUUUGCAGCCUCCAUGUUUUGGGAAAAUGUUUGGACACCAGUGGUUGAAAGAGAUUUUUCUGGAUUAGGAUUAUUUUACAUAACGUUUAUUCUCUAGAAGAAUAAUCUGCUAAUCAUCAGUUACUGUUAACUCAUGCUCUAAAAACACUGGAUUAAACCUUCAACACUCCAGGAACGUUUUUCUCUAGAUGUUGUACAUAAAUGCAAUCUUAUGAUAAUUUCACCGUGUAAAGAUUUUAUUUUAAAACUAAUUUUAACUGCCCCUCCCUUAAGUGAUAUCUACAAUUACCAGCAAUCUGAAUUCAAGAUAUUUUAAAGUCUUAAAAUCUUCAAAACGUCAGCAUUGAAAUGGUUUCUGUUGAUGUUUUAUUAAAGCAGAAUGCACUGUAAAACAUCCCCAUGUUGAAACUGGCACAAAAAAUGAUUCUGAGAAUAAAGUUAAAACAUUAGGAUUAAGCCAUAAAUCAUAAAGUUAUAACAACACAAAACAAGUUGUAAUGCAAUAAUAAAGUUAUUCAGCAGAAUUACAUUUUAUGAAAACUCCUACAUGAAAAAUAAUUAACAUACGAAUCUAGAAGAUCUUGAGAAGUUACGUUUUGUUCUCGGUUUUACAAAUAAGAAAAUCUUUAAUGUUUUAUCACAUAAAGUAGCAGGACAACAUGGAGUCAGUUUGGAAACAACCGCCUGGACCUGCUGAGCUUUUUGCAUCAGAUCUUGGUUUUUAUUUUUCCAUUUAUACUUUUAUUAAAUUUCAGCAACAGCAAAUUAACCAUUCCAGCAUAAAUCUUGCUAAUUUAACAGGAAGAAAAAACAAAUGUAGUUGCAUCAUUGUGUCGAGUUGAAGGAAACAGAGAAAUGAUUUGAAAACUGCUUCAAAAAUUAUUUUGUACAUAAAAAGUUAGAUAUUUACCACAAUUAGCAAUUGUACCAAUUAAAUUCAUCACCGCACUAAAAGUUGAGAAGUUUUCAAAUCAAAGUGUCUGGAGGACGUUUUAAAUAAACUGCUGUAUCGCUCGGCGUCUCUGUCCCAUAAUUCCUUGCUUCUGUCUGUACCAACCGUCUCAGUUCACCUGUAACGUCUUCAUGUUUCAUCCUCUGUAACCAGAAGGAAAUGAAGAGCUUUAGGGUCUGAAACAAACCGCCUCCUGAGCUUCAUGAAGCCUUUUAGUGUCUUUUGAGACUGGCAGGAAUUAGCCGGUGCCAUAACUCACCAAGUGGUAGAUGGGACCAAACCGGUCAAUACAAAAAGAGAAAUGCUACAAACCCGUUGUAGCGUGACGUCUGGACCCUGAGUUAAUAACAGGUUUCAUUUUGUUUUAUGUAAAGGAAUCAUCUUUAUGUCCUCCAGCAGUGGAUAGAAAUAAUUACAUCCAACGGGUCGGAUCUCAGGAUUAGUCAUGAACAUUAAAGCGUCAUCAGCGUAGAGUGUGAUUCUGUUUUCCACCUUUUAUUUUCCAACUUACAGAAAAACCCUGUUGGGUUCUCAGAGCGUCGGGAUAAAAACGUAGAGAAGGAAGAACCGUUUUCUGGUUUCUGAACCAAUCCCACUCAGUUUGCUGCACAAUCUGAUGUAUUUUUAUUAUCACCAUUAAAUAAUGAUCAACAGUUUUAUUUUUUAGAUGUGCGAUGUUGAAACAGAAAUCAAGCUGUUUAUCUGCAGUUUUUGAGGUUAUGACCAUAGUUUCCUGGUAAGUCGUGCCUUGAUCGUCCUGCCUUAAGGUUUACAGCCACGUUUCUGACCAGCUCCGUCUCUGACCGCCUGGAUUGGCUCCAAACUCCAGGUUUCCUCCUGUCCGGCGCAGGAGCAUCCGCAGAACGAGACCUGAAGCUUUCAGGGCAUUUUCUUCCCAGCAGCUCUGCUGGGGUGUUGUAUAAAACACUGGUUUCACUGGGCUGCUUCUCAAAUCUCCUUUUCUAUCCAGAUUUGUAUAAAACUUAUUGAACUGUUUCUACUUGGAAGUUGUAGGAUUGAAACGCGCCGAUCAUCAGCCGGCACAUCAGGGCUUCAACCUGGGCAUCGAGCAAUAAGGAAUGAUAUUGAUCCCAUGUUUUGUUUGUUUACGGUUCAUUUUUGUCAUUUUAUUGUUUUUUCUUCCUUUGUUUUCAGUUGAAAUGUGUCAGAAUGUGCAGCCAUCAGUUUGUCCUGUUGGGCUGGAUAAUCUGUUUAUUGUACAUUUAAAAAAGAUUUCUGAUUACUUUGUGUUUCACAAUUAUUAUUCAUGGAAAAUGUGAACUUUUAGCUUUUGUUAAAGUUGGUUUUCUUUUUUAAGAUGAACAAAUUUGAAUAAAAACAAAAAGC